AUGGCAAUUCAAGAGAAUGCUCCUGCGGGCCCGGUCUCCGAGGAUGUUAAAAAUCCUUGUCCAGACACCAAAUCGACUGAUGCGGAGCAGUAUCGUGCCUCCAACUCUGCUGCUCCUGGGGAGCUGAAGCGCAAGCUGAAAAGCCGACAUCUGCAAAUGAUCGCGAUUGGUGGAACUAUUGGCACCGGUCUUUUCAUCUCCAGUGGCACAGCGAUCGCCUACUCAGGGCCGGCAGGAGCUUUGAUAGCCUACAUUUUCGUGGGUUCCAUCGUAUACUCGGUCAUGACCUCGCUUGGCGAAGUCGCAACCUACAUCCCGGUCCCCGGUGCCUUCACAUCAUACGCCGCUCGAUUAAUCGACCCAAGCCUCGGAUUUUCGAUGGGCUGGAUCUACUGGUUUAACUGGGCAUCGACGUUUGCGGUGGAGCUGACUGCAUCGGGGGCCAUUAUCCAGUAUUGGGACCCGAGCCUGAAUAUUGCCAUCUUUAUUGGAGUCUUUUGGGUUUUUAUCACUGCUCUGAACUUCCUGCCAGUCAAUUUUUAUGGUGAGCUGGAAUUUUGGUUCUCGACCAUCAAAGUGGCGACUGUCAUUGGAUUUAUGAUUUUUGCCAUUGCCGUGGACUGUGGAGUUGGCAAACAAGGAUAUCUAGGGUUCAGCACAUGGAAAAGCCCUGGGGCGUUUAAUACGCAUAUAAUCUCCAACCCGGAAUCGGUGGGCAAAUUUGUGGGAUUCUGGGCCGUACUUGUCCAGGCCGGUUUUAGCUACCAAGGCACCGAGCUGGUCGGAGUGGCGGCUGGUGAAACCGAGGACCCUCAGCGCACUGUUCCAUCCGCCAUCCGCAAGACUUUCGUCCGCAUCCUUCUAUUCUUUGUGUUGACCAUCUUCUUCAUUGGACUUGUUGUCCCCUAUGACAAUAAACACCUGACAACCGACACAUCCAAUGCCUCGUCAUCGCCAAUGGUCAUUGCAGCCAACCUAGCGGGGGUGAAAGUGCUGCCGGGCCUGAUCAACGCAGUCCUUUUGACAGUAGUUCUGUCAGCAGCUAACUCAAAUGUGUACAGUGGCAGUCGAAUCUUGACCGGACUGGCACGUGAAGGAUUUGCUCCGCCAUGCUUUGCUUUUGUGACGCAGAAAGGGGUGCCUUAUUGGAGCGUCUCGCUCACUGCAGCCUUUGGCCUCCUUGGGUUCAUGAACGUCUCCACCUCGGCUGGCCAGGUUUUCAAUUGGCUAGUGAAUCUUUCCAGUGUGGCAGGAUUUGUGACAUGGUCUUCGAUAAACGCUUGCCAUAUCGCAUUCAUGCGCGCCUUGGCCAAACAGGGGAUCUCUCGCGAUACUCUUCCCUACAAAGCAUUAUUCCAGCCAUAUCUGGCUUGGUACGGGCUCUUUUUCAACAUCCUCAUUGCUUUGACGCAGGGAUUCACCUCCUUCAUCCCUAGUUUCCGGGUUUCUGAUUUUUUCUUUGCAUACAUCUGUCCAAUUGUGUUUGUUGUACUCUACAUCGCGCACAAGGUGAUCAUGAGGACUCAUUUCGUUUCCGCCUCCGAGGCCGAUCUUCAGACUGGUCGCUUGCAUUACGAGAAGGAUCUAACACCACCCAAGGCGUUGUAUCUAAGAAUUUGGGGUUGGGUGACAAAAUAA